AGAAGGUGACAUGAAGAUUAUUCUUUCCACCCCCAACAAUUGAGAGAGGUUUUUAGCAUAAAAAGGGCUUGGAAGUUGGAACGGUUCGAAAACUAGACUUCUUCCCAAAAUCCUUUCUCCGUCAACCAUGGCUGCCAAUUUCUGGACGUCGUCUCACUACAAACAACUUCUCGACCAAGAAGAGGUGGAUGUGGUGCACCCUCUUGACAAAGAGAAGGGCGUAACUCUUGAGGAUUUCAAGCUCAUUAAGAUGCACAUGGCCAAUUAUAUUGGGAGAUUGGGUCAAAAUGUUAAAGUGAGGCAAAGGGUUGUAGCUACUGCCAUUACAUAUAUGAGACGUGUUUACACCAGAAAAGCUAUGACAGAAUAUGAUCCACGUCUUGUGGCUCCAACUAGCUUGUACUUGGCUGCAAAAGCAGAAGAAAGCACUGUGCAGGCUAGACUUCUUGUAUUUUACGUCAGAAAAUUAAAUCCAGAUGAAAAGUAUAGGUAUGAGAUCAAGGACAUACUUGAAAUGGAAAUGAAGAUCUUAGAAGCUCUCAACUAUUAUUUAGUUGUAUUCCAUCCUUACCGUGCAUUGUCUCAGUUGCUUCAAGAUGCCAACCUGAAUGAUCUAACUCAGUUAUCUUGGGGAAUUGUCAAUGACACCUACAAAAUGGAUCUUAUUCUCAUUUAUCCUCCACAUCUGAUUGCCUUAGCUUGCAUAUACAUUGCAAGUGUACACAAAGAUAAAGAAACCACUGCUUGGUUUGAAGAGCUUCGAGUUGACAUGAAUGUGGUAAAAAAUAUCUCCAUGGAGAUACUAGAUUUCUAUGACAGCCACAGAACGAUCACUGAAGACAGGAUCACUACCACUUUCAACAAGCUAGCUUUGAGAUCAUAAAUGGUUUGGAACCAGGCCAUGCACCCAUGGUAGGGCAUUCCUGUAGAAGCUAAAAUGGCGAAGAAGGCUCACACCAGGGGUAAAAUUUUCUGAAGGUUCCAUGUUGUUCAGCUGUAAGAGAUGGAUGGAUACUGCAACAACCAUGGCAGGGGUAUUGAGUGUAUCAGAGAAGUAAUUUGAUGCAGCAUUCUGGAAAAUAAGUUGAGUUUCCUGACUGAAAAAUCUUAGGGACCAAUUUUCAGGUGAGUUGUUUGUAAAUGAUUGAGAUAAAUUGCUGACGUUAUCUACUACAAACUGUAUCAAAACCUGGAAAAGUGAUGAGACUUGCAAUUGAGUGCACUUUGAUUCAA